CUAGGAAGAUGUGAGCAAAUCUCUCCAGAAUAACAACAACAUAAAUCUCUCUUUUUUAUGUAACUUUUUGUUUGUUAUUAAAAGGUGCAGAUUUAUAUUGGUGCAGGUGCGUAUUGCAGCAGGGCUUUGAACAUAUGUCCGUUUCUCAAGGGGGAAAAACGAACUGGCAGUUCAGCUGCUGCUUCUGAGACACAGCUUUCAAGGUGAGCAAGAGCUCAUCCCUCAAAGUCCUCUCUGCGAUGCUGCUGCUGCUGCUGCUGCAGAUCUCACUGGGCUGCCUCUGGUUGGGACAUGCUGAGGUGGUAACAUCCUUUGAAAGUACAUGCCCUCAGUUUUUCUUCCGGGAAACCCCCCCGAAUGAAGCCCUAGAGCCAGAGAGCCCAGCCUGGAUCUGUCAGCGUUACAAGAAUCAGUAUUAUUUUGCCACCCUGUAUGACAGGAGCAGACGUAUUCCUGUUUACUCUGCUUACCUGUACCAACCUGGACCUGGCACAAGACCUAAAACCUGGCUGGUGGAACCCCAGCUGAUAGGCCUGAGUUAUCCCAAAGCAAUGGAAAGAGAAUGGACACUCUCAAAAUAUUACAACGUCAGUUCGGAGCAGAUUGGCAAGAGCCAGGCUAUCCUCCAGGAUUACAAGAACCUGACAGGUUUGAACCGCGGCCAUUUGAACCCCAGUGGACAUCACUCUGACUCCAGCAGCAGGACGGCAACCUUCAGCCUCACCAACAUCGUGCCCCAGGAUGAGAAACUCAACGGUGGUGCCUGGAACAACUAUGAGCAGCAAACCAUGAUGAGGAGGACGGUGGGCUGUAACACAACCUAUGUCGUGGUGGGUGCUGUGCCUGGGAACAACUAUAUUGCCAAGGGCAGAGUGAAUAAGCCCAGCCACAUCUGGUCGAGCGCUUGCUGUGAGGUGGACAAAAACCACAGGGAGGCCUGGGGGGUGAUUGCUGAGAAUGACAAGAAUGAGGUACAGCUCCUCAAGCUGGGGGAGCUGGAGGAGUUGUUGACCCACCUUUAUGGGAAGGAUCAGGUUUAUCUGUUUGACAGUGACUGUCCCAGAGAAUAAGCCCUGUUUCACAUCCUAUGUAUCCUAUCAAACCCACCAGCAUUUGUCCUCCUUUCCUCUUAGGAAGGGUUUUCCAGUUGCACUCAGAGUCUCUUCUUUGAAAAUAAAAGGAAGAAAGAGGCCAGUAGGGCCUCUGGCUCAUUUGCUUUCCUACUCUGCUGCCCACCCUUGCAAUGAUGGUUCUGGGAUGAGUCCCUGAAAGCUUUGGAGGGACAGUCUGGAUACCAGUCCAUGGGUAAGGAAUCAGUUUGUCCUUAAGACUAGAGACAUACGGCUUUUUGUUCCUCCCUGUUUCUCCAUGUCCACAUACAGACUGUGGUUUCCUUACCCUCUUUCAUUCAACAUUGCUGUUAACAUGCUAUUGAUUUAUCCAUUGCCUCCUCAGGAAAGUUCCCAGCCAAGGUUGGCUCAGAUAAUCCAUGGAUUAUCCAGAUUCCUCCUUGGACAUACUCAAAAUCCAUCUGGACAUUGUAAUGGACACCCUGCUCUGGCUGACCCGCCUGACACAGCCAGGGGCAAAAGCAAAGAGCAGACAGAGAGAGGAAAGUGGAAAGGAGGAAGGCUAGUAAGCAUGGGAGAAACAUCACAGCUCUGCUGAGCUCUGUAAAUAAGUAAAAUAAGUAAAAUAAGAAGAAAGGAGAUAACUUGCAUCUAAUCUUUAAGCUCCCUAACCCUGAGUUUACAUGAAGGUCAUGCUUAUGUAAAUUUACUAGGACAUUUUUGUUUGCUUGGUUUUGGAUCAUGUACCUUGAGAGCAAGAGCUGAGGUAUUACGCAGCUGGGCUUAGGGAUCAGAUAUACAGCAAACCUUGACCAGCCAAAGAUAAAUUUCUGUAAUGCACUCCUGGAAUAACUGCAUUAUCUGCCCUACUUCUGAAUCCUUUCUGCAGAUUUAUGUAUGAUUGAUUUUUUUUUUCCAUUGUAAAAUGUGUUUAGUGGGUAUAAAAUUCAAUAUAUGCUAUA